GCUGAGUUGUCAGUUGCGGGAAACAACGUUUCUCAAACCCCAGUUCGUUUCUGUUCCGCGAAAAGUCUCCACAUUUCUCUGUUCUUCUUUGAUCUUUCUCGUUCAUUUUGUUUUUUGGUAGCAGUGAUUCAAAGCCUUAGAUUUCUAAAUUUGAUUCCCACAUGUCGAAUCCCGAUGAACCGACCAUGAAUAAUCACGCGGGAUCUCCGGUUCCCGCGGCUACACCCAGUGCCGACGUGGAGAAUCCGACACCGGGAGCAGGGUUCGGUGUCUCGGCGAUUACCAGGCGAUGGAAAAGGGAGGAUUUGUUGAAUAGGGGAUCCCUGGUGGCUAGAGGAUUGGCUUUGCUGUUCUCUUUGCUUUCUUUCAUAAUCAUGGCUAGCAACAGGCACGGUGGUUGGAAAAAUUUCGACAACUAUGAAGAGUACAGGUAUUUGUUGGCAAUUGCAAUUCUGUCGACUUUGUACACAGGAGUACAAGCGUUGAGACACGUACAUGAGAUCUCGACAGGGAAACAGAUAUUUGAGCGACGUAUCUCUGCCAUGGUGGACUUUCUGGGUGAUCAGGUGGUGGCAUAUCUGUUGAUAUCAUCAGCAUCUGCGGCAAUUCCAAUGACAAACAGGAUGAGAGAAGGGCAGGACAACAUUUUCACAGACUCCUCAGCUUCGGCUAUCAGCAUGUCUAUCUUUGCGUUUCUAUCACUGGCACUGUCAGCCAUGGUUUCAGGCUAUAAACUUUCAACCCAAUCUUACAUCUGAUUAUGACUUUUAGCUUCUUCUUUUCAUAAUCUUUUCCCACAUUCUCCCUUGAGUGAUUCUUUGUGUAUUUAUCAUUCAUUUGUCAUUUAUGUCAUAUUUAACGUGUAAAUUCUGUGCGUAUGGUUUGAUUGUUUCAAAGUCAAUAGUGAAAAUGCCUCUUCCUGUUGCUUAAA